AAGGAAACCUAACAAGCAAAAGCACAAACAUUAGAAAUACCAUCCUGUUGUGAAGACAAACCGCUAAGCACAGGUGUCUUUCAUGAGCUGCUGGUGUAAGGAGUUUUGGCUAUGGCUCGGCCUCCAGACUCCGUCCGCCGGGACAUGACUAAUGGCCUCAACCCCAGCAGCCAGUCUGGAGGUACAAGCACAGCAACACGAUACCUGCUGAGGAAACAGUACCGGCAGCAGAAUGGGACACCAAGGGGAAUCCGAUCUUCUUCUCCGAUGGGCAGGGUCAUUCUUAUUAACUCACCUGUGGAAGGAGGUGACGAGAGUGAUGCAAUUCAGACUGUCACAGUGGACAAGAGUGCUGAUGGAAGACUGGGCUUCAGCAUCCGAGGCGGGUCAGAGCACGGCCUGGGCGUUUUUGUCAGCAAAGUGGAAGAUAACAGCAGUGCAGAGCAGUCUGGCUUAUCUGUCGGAGAUAAAAUCAUGGAGGUGAAUGGGAUCAGCAUGGAGAGCAUCACAAUGAGCAGUGCAGUCAAAGUCUUGACAGGAAAUAACCGACUGCGUAUGGUGGUGAGACGUGUGGGGAAGGUGCCAGGGAUCAGGUUUUCAAAAGAAAAGACAACAUGGGUAGAUCUGGUUCAGAAGCGGCUAAUUGUGGAGGAAAAAGGACGCUUGGCAUAUGACAACAGUUCUGAAAGUGGGGAGAAGAGAAUAGUUCACCUCUAUACCACAUCAGAUGAUUACUGCUUAGGAUUUAAUAUCCGAGGAGGGAAAGAGUUUGGACUUGGUAUUUAUAUCUCUAAAGUGGACCCUGGAGGCCUGGCGGAUCAGAAUGGAAUAAAAGUUGGAGACCAGGUGUUGGCAGCCAAUGGUGUCAGCUUUGAGGAUAUCAGCCACAGUCAGGCAGUAGAAGUGCUCAAGAGUCACACACACGUUAUGUUGACAGUGAAGGAGGCAGGAAGGUACCCUGCGUAUAAGGAGAUGGUGGCUGAAUAUAGCUGGCUUAGCAAACUUGGCAAUGGCUUCUUGAGCCAUUCUUCUCAAACGUCAGAUUCCAGCUCUUCUAUCUCUUCAUACUCAUCAAGUACCCCCCUGAGUUCCAUUAGUGGACUCUCUCAGAUGCUGAUACCCAAUAACUUCUACCCAUUCACAUCUGAAAUGGUGGACGUGUGCAUCUCUACUGAGGAUUCCCGCCGUGCCAGCACCACCGAAAAGAUAGAGACUGCCAUUCAGACUGACCUGCAGCUCCCUCCUGCCAGUGAUUUCAAUGAUGACACUCUGGAGAGAUCAGUCAGAUUGUCUACCACAGAGACAAGUCGCACCCUUGGUGCUACAGUGUUGCUGAAAGACACGGUCAUUCGAACAGAAAGCUUCAAAGAGACCACUCGCAGCCGCCGUAGAACUUUUUCUGUUGGAGACUCGUCUGAUGAACAUCUGGAUUCUCCCAAAACAGCUUUACUCCUGGCACUCAGCAAACCGAGGAAACCAAUUCGGCGGUCACAGAGCCAUAUCACUCUGCUAGAGGAUAAGAAAAAAAAGAAACAAAAAGACCUGAAUCCUGGUGGGGGAACCAACCUUCAACGCUCCAAGACAUUUGUCAGUCUUUUCUUCAAGAGUGGCCGCAUUGGGAGGCAGAAAAGGCAGAGCUCCAAAGAUGGUAAAGAAAGUGGCUCUGGAGAAGGAAGAAGCCGUUCAAAGUCCCCCCCUCUGCGUGGGCAAGUAGAAAAAGGCAAUGCAGUUCAAAGAUUUGUGAUUAGAAGCCUUAAAAGGGAAAAGGAAAGGGGCCGCUUAUUCUCCCUGUUUGGCACACAAAAAGAGGUCAGCUCCAGCUACCAUGAUGGCAUUCCAUUUUCCAUGCCAGAGCAGGGACUUUCUCUGGUGGAAGAUAUGGCCAGGAAGCUGCUGAAUGAAGACGAGGUUUCAGCUGUUCUUAGACACUGUCAGCAUUAUAUUUCAGAAAGAGAGGUAGAAGAUUUAGUUCGGCCCCUUCUUGUAAUACUUGACCGACCAGAAAAACUGCUGCUGCUGAGAGAAAUAAGAACCAUUUUGUCACCUACUGACUUGGGAAGAUUUGACAGCAUGGUUAUACCCUUUGAGCUUGAAGCAUAUGACAUUUUAAAGAACAGAACAGUGAGAUCCCCUGCUCUUCGAUCCUCCCAAAGUAGAACAGCACCUAAAAGACACCUCAUCACUCCAGUACCAGACUAUCGAGGAGGAUUUCACCUGAAGGCUGCACAAGACUACGAAAAGGACCGAGAGCUGAUGGAAGAAAUUGAAAAGCUCAAGCUGUCUGGAACUGAGCAAGACAGACAACUUUAUUCCAGGGCUUUCACACCCCUUGAAGAUGUGCCAGUAGAUGCCUAUUCUACAAAUACCAGGUCCUACAAGUCUGCUGGGUCCAAACUGCAACAGUCUAAUUGGUUACUGACUGACAUGGUUCAGACCACAGCACUGAAUGCCACACAGAAAAAAACGUUUACAGCGAUCUUUGACCUCCCGAAACGGGAAGAUGCUCUUUAUUCACCCACAGAUAAGAAUCCUUUUCCCAGUGAAAAUGGAAUGUCUACCAGAAAAUCUGAACUGGUGAAGUCUAAAAAGGAAAAGGGUGAGAAAAGCAAAGACACUUUGUACUCCGUGGUGAACAAUCCCAAGAAGUCCAGGCCUUCACUGUCUCAGAUUUUUGGGGAUACCACAUCUGGUGCUGCCAAUUUGGACUCAAGUCACAAAGUUCAUUCUGAAUCAGUCAAAGAUAAAGCUGCUGAAAAAGAACUGGUGAACGGACAUUCAGCAGCUGCGUCAAGUGGUGUUAACGGUACAUUAGAGCAGGGAGCUGCUCCUCCACUUCAAGAAUAUCAACUUUCCACUGUGGCCAUCUCUAAAAGUAAACAGUCCUUGGGGAUCAGCAUAUCUGGAGGAAUUGAGUCCAAAGUUCAGCCUGUGGUAAAAAUUGAGAAGAUAUUCCCUGGAGGGGCAGCCUCAACUUCCGCAGUCUUAAAGGCCGGUUAUGAGUUGGUGUCGGUGGACGGAGUGAGUUUACAGAAUGUGACACACCAGCAGGCCGUGGACAUCAUUCGAAAGGCAUUUAGCAACAAGGUGCAAGACCCCAUGUUAUUUGUGUUGAAAAUACCAAAGAGUUCUGACGACUGAGGCAAACUGGUGAACAUUCCAGAUCUGCAGUCGCUGCCAAGCUGCUCCACGGUGAAAAAGUCAGUGACACCAGGUCCAGUCACAGUCUGAUGAGAUCCAUGGAGACCCAAGGACACGUAUGGCUCCACAAAUUAUUUGGCCUGUAUAUGUAAAAG